CACGACUUGUCAACCUACAAAUGCAAGGACGCUUUAAUCACAUAACAAAAUAUAGCUCAGCUUCUAUGUGUACAAUAAUAAUUGUGCCGUUAAAAUGAGUGAAAAAUUAAAAGAACUCCGCGAAAGAUCUCAAAAACGAAAAAAGUUAUUGGCCCAAACGUUAGGUGUAUCAAGCGUCAGCGAACUUCGACAAGCUUUAGGAGCAUCUUUAGAUGUCCUGCCAAAGAAGCAAGCUACUACAGAAUUCAGUCCAGAUGGAAAUGAUAAGCCGGUGCAAAAAGAACCUGAUAGCCUUGUCUAUACGGAUUCCUCUACGUUUUUGAAGGGCACACAGUCAUCAAAUCCACACAAUGAUUAUUGCCAGCACUUUGUUGACACAGGACAGCGGCCACAGAAUUUUAUCCGAGAUGUAGGCUUAGCGGAUAGGUUUGAGGAGUAUCCCAAACUAAGAGAACUAAUAAAAUUGAAAGAUGAAUUGAUAGCGAGAACUGCAACACCUCCUAUGUACUUAAAAUGUGACCUUAAAACCUUCGACCUCAAGUCAAUGGGUAGCAAGUUUGACGUGGUUCUGGUGGAGCCCCCCCUGGGCGCCGGUUGGCGCUGGCGGGACGUGCUGGCGUUGGAACUGCAUCACAUCGCACAGCCAAGAUCUUUUGUUUUCCUAUGGUGUGGAAGCUCAGAAGGUCUUGAUAUGGGCAGAGAGUGUUUAAAAAAGUGGGGAUUCCGUCGCUGUGAAGACAUCUGUUGGAUAAAGACUAACAUCAAGAACCCUGGACACUCGAAGAACCUCGAACACAAUGCAGUGUUCCAGAGGACCAAGGAACAUUGUCUGAUGGGAAUCAAAGGGACAGUGAGAAGAUCAGUGGACGGUGACUUCAUACACGCCAAUGUCGACAUCGAUUUGAUUAUAUCGGAGGAUCCUGAAUUUGGGAGCACGGAGAAACCAAUCGAGAUAUUUCAUAUCAUGGAGCACUUUUGUUUAGGACGGAGAAGAGUACAUCUCUUUGGUCGCGAUUCCACCAUCCGUCCAGGCUGGGUGACCAUUGGACAUGAACUCACCAACUCAAACUUCAAUGCUGAACUGUAUGCUUCAUACUUCACUGAGGGUCGAGAAACGACAGGUUGCACAGAGAGGAUAGAGGCCUUGAGACCCAAAAGCCCUCCGAAUACCAGUAAAGGUUCGAGGCCCAGAGGGCGUGGUGGGUUUAGAGGCAGAGGUCGAGGAAGAGGCGCCAUUUAGCAGUCCCAUACGUUCCUUACCAAUCGCUUGAACUUAGACUUUGAUUGUGGUACGAUAGGCUUAAGCAGUGAAAUUAAUAUCUUUUAUUUUUAUAUAAAUAAUAUCUAUGACUGUUUGCCGAAUUUUAUAUAUUAAUUGUAAAUUGCUAACUACUUUGUUUAAUGUUAAAAUAUUUGUGAAUUGUUACUUUUUAAUAGAAAAACAAUAAAAGUAUAUUGUAAUAUACACAUUAUCAACUGCAAAGUACAUUUUUGACGACUAUUAAAAUAUGAAAUAUUAUAAUCCAAUUAAAUUAUCUAUGGUUAAAAUGAUAUAUGGCCGUAGACCGUUACACUGUAUACCAACUCAAGAUAUCUGUAUAAUUGAAUAUUUU